GUUCAGUUAAGGCUCCGGCUUUGCUUUGACCUUGUUCCUCCGCUUCCCCUGCUACUUCUGCAGCUUCCCGAACUCCGUGAACAGGAUCGACACGUCUCCCCGAUAAACCAUGUCUUCAGCCGCAGUGCCACAGAUGUCCGGAUUAAGAAUAUCCAAAGAGCACUUCCUGGUGGCGGUCCCGGUGGCACUGGUGGCUGGUGUGGGGGGUUUCUUGGUCAGUCAUUACUUGCAGAAACGCUGCUGUAAAAAGGACCAGGUGAACAGAACCAUCAACAAAGACAGUCCCAAAGUGGUGCACAGCUUUGACAUUGAGGACAUCGGCUCAAAGGCUGUGUACUGCCGCUGCUGGAAGUCCAAGAAGUUCCCAUACUGCGAUGGGGCGCACACCAAACACAAUGAAGAAACUGGGGACAACGUUGGACCUCUCAUCGUCAAGAAAAAGGACCCUUAAUUUAAUUCAUUUAAAAACCACUAAAUGCCCAUAAAUCAACUUUAACAGUGUUGCUUUUAGGAUUAGAGUAUCAAAAUCAAAACAAGAAGACAUAUAUUUUUCAUCUCGCUAUAAAGAAAAUAUUGUGACCUUCUAUUUUGUUAUGUUUGUCUGUUGAUGUAAAAUUUAAGACAAGGAGAUGAGAUGACAAUCCUUCAGGUAACAUGGUUCAGGUGGGACAUGGUGAUGCGUUUAUUUAAAUGGGCCUAUGAAAAUCACUACACAUCUUCUGUCCUAUUGUAUCUUUCUAUCUAUCUUUAUGCUCUUAUUUGAAAAUUGUAAAAGGUUUUUGACAGUUGUAAUUCUCAACUACAUUCAGUGCUGCUUACUGUGUUCGCUAAAGUCAAUAAUAAUUAUAUAAAUGUUA